AACCAGCAGUUAUCUACAUAUUAAACGGAAUAAGCAGUUAUAGAAUGUCUCCAAAUUAUUAUCGAUAAACCUUUUUUCCAAUUUAAACAGAGGAUUAUUUGAUGAUUGGAAUAAUAUUUAAUUGAUACUUCAUAAGUAACCAAUCUUGAAAAAUCUGGUACACGAUCUUGUAACACAUACACACAAACAUUUGGGUAUUAUCUACAAUAACAAGAUGAACUGCACUGUGACAAAUUAUAUCACUUAAGUUUUAAAGACAUUAACAUUUAGCAGUAGCCUCCAUUGUUGAAAAAUUGAUCAAGAUCUUUUUAAGUUGAUUAAAAUCUAUGACCAUGAUUUAGCUUAAUUGAUUCAGAAUAAAUUUGAUUCAUUAUCCUAAAAAAUGGGUAAUUCACGGUCUAGUAAAAACUGUGCGGUCUCCAUGACAAUGGGUAUGCCCCAAAAGGAACGAGAUCUUCAUAUUGCUGUUGUCGGCAAUGACAGACAAAGUGUUCUUUCAGUUUUAAAUCAAGGAGUGGAUAUUAACUAUCCUUGGAAUAAUCCUGCUGUGCCCAGUGUAAAAGACAGUACAACGCCACUAAUAGCAGCUGUAUCACUAAACCAUGUGGACAUUGUAAUGAUUUUAUUACAUAGUGGAGCAGCAGUCAACAGAACAGACCGUAAUGGUUGUACACCCCUAUACAAAGCUGCAUUUCAUGGAAGGAUGAUCUUAGUUGAUGUUUUAGUCAAAGCUGGUGCUGAAAUUGAUAAGCCAGAUAAAGAGAAUCAAACACCAUUGUAUAUUUGUGUUCAAAAUGCCAUUGUGCAUUCCAGUUAUGCCACUGUUAAAUGUUUGUUGGCAGCAGGAGCGUCAGUAAAUAUUGCUGAUCGCUAUGGUCGUGUUCCACUUCACAGCGCUGCACACUGGAAACUUAAGGAGCUUAUUCGCAUUUUACUGGAAGCAAAUAGCUAUGUAAAUGUUGUAGACUAUAAAGGGAGAACUCCACUUUAUGUAUGUGUUGCUUCAUUGAGUACUGGCUUGUACAAAGAAGACCUUAAAUACCAAGUACCCUGUAUUAAGAUUCUAUAUGCUGCUGGUUGUGACAUGCUAAAUCUUGAAGACUGGCUUCGGUGGAAAGGACCGGGAAUCCCUGCUGAAUUACUCACUGGAGAUGAUAAUUUUUUAGCAUGGUACAAUUCCUCUAUGACAUCGCCACCCAUGCUCAGAAACCUUUGUCGUAAAGUAAUCCAAAAGAGACUGGUCACCUAUGACUGUCCAGGUUUGGUGAAAUGUGUUGCACAGCUUCCUAUUCCUCCUUCUCUUAAAAUAUAUUUGUCAAGAAAAAUGUUUCAUUUGCCAAUGUUGUAGUUGCUUAUUUUUAUCUUGUAUGUAUAGUGACUAAUUUUCAGGCUAUAGAAAUUAUUUCAAUAAUUUAAAUAAUACAGACAAUGCAAGAUACUUAAAUUUAAAUUUUUGACAUUGAUGUGAUGAU